AUGACCAGUCCUGGCACAAAGGCGUCGUGGCUCUCGCAGCCGAGCGUGAAGAGCGUGCUGGUGUAUCGCAACGGGGACCCUUUCUUCCCGGGGCGCCGCAUUGUCAUCCACGAGAAGAAAGUGUCCAACUUUGAUGUGUUCCUGAAAGAGGUGACGGGCGGGGUGCAGGCGCCCUUCGGAGCUGUGCGAAACAUCUAUACCCCCCGGGGUGGGCAUCGUGUCCGACAGCUGGACGAGCUUCAGAGUGGGGAGCAGUACGUGGCUGGUGGCAGGGAGGCCUUCAAGAAACUCAACUAUUUGGAUAUUGGAGAAACAAAGAAAAAACCUGCUGAAGUCAAUAAUGAGGAGAGCACACUGGAAGAUGUCAAGCCAGUUACUCACAGCAGGAUCACCGUUUCAGCACGGUUUCGAAAGCCUCUCCAGGAGCCCUACACUAUUUUCCUGAUUGCUAAUGGAGACCUUAUUAGCCCUGCAGUGCGCCUCCUCAUUCCCAGGAAAACACUGAAUCACUGGGAUCAUAUUCUUGAAAUGGUUACAGGAAAAGUUACCCUCAGAAGUGGAGCUGUUCACAGACUCUACACUGUAGAUGGAAAGCUUGUUCAGAAUGGGUCAGACUUGGAGAAUGGGCAAAUUUAUGUUGCAGUGGGUAGAGAAAAGUUUAAGAAAUUGCCAUAUGGUGAUCUGCUGUCCAAAUCUACAACAAGAAGGCCACAGGGUUCCAAAACCUCUGUACUACCUCCAAUUGUGGGAUCUCGAAAGUCUAAAGGCAACGGAAAUGAUUGGCAAUCUAAAUCUACCAGUGACCGGGGAGAAAACAGUUCCUCACCUCAGCUGACCAAAAGGAAAGACAAAAAAAGCCAGAAUCCAGAGAAUUCUGUGUCCAGACGACACUUUUCAAACCACUCUACAAAAGUAAAACAGACAGUAAAAGCUUCCACAGGAGUCCUUCAGGAUAAUGGUGAAGAUAUUUACAAAGACAGAGAAGAGGGAUCUGAAAUGUGGGGGGCAGUUGAAGUGCAAGAAGAUGAAGAUACUCUUGUGGAAGUUCCACUGGACCAGAGACCAGCAGAAACUGUAGAUGAAGAAGAAAAUGUAGAAGAGGAAAAUGACAGGGGAGAGGAGGCAUAUGGAAGAGAAAAUCCAGAAGUGGCUGGAGAGGAAAGUGGGGAAACUGUUAAAGAAAGAAUUGAAGUGGAAAAAAACAAAAAGAAAUUAAAUGAAAAUUAUGAAGAUGAAGCAGGAGAAACACAGAAUGUUGACCAAGCAGAGGAAAAGGAACUUAUCCAUUUAAAUGGCAAAAACAAUGAAGGAAAUGGUGAGGGAAUGGAGCAUUUGAACUACCAAGGUGCUCUUCAGCCUGAAGAAGAAAUAAAAGAGGAUUCUGGCAGUCAGAACCAGGUUGAUCCUGGUCUUGAAAAAACAUCCACAAGUCCAAGGAUGACAAUCACCAGCCCACAAGAAAGUGAAAAGAAUGACCAGAGCAAUGACUAUGCAGCAGUUGCAUAA